CUAUACAUCUACAUCGGAACACAGUGCGGUCAGUUGGAUUAGUCUUGCUGUGGUCACUAUUUGUAUCCUCCAUAAAACCAUAAGGAAAUGUGACGUCUUUAGCAGAAGUGAAGACUAGCGCUAGGACUAAAGGAUAUCUCUUUGUACAUAUUAGUGGUUGGCAUCGCGCGCCCCCUGGUGUUGGUGUUUGCUUAAAACGUUGACGGUUUUUACACUCGCUUUCCAAAAGGCCAAGGAGUUCGUUACAUUGUAUUCUGGAGUUCGUAACAUUGUAUUCUUCGCUUCUCGUUUAUUUUUGGCGGGAAGCUGGAGGAGAGAAAAAGAAAAUCGAGGAGUAAACAAAUAAAUAUGUGUGUCUGCGGAUCAGGAAAGUGCCAGACUAUGUGAAUGUAGCCAUGAUGUCGUCUGCUACUUACUUAGUGCGGAUUAUUCAAUUAGCUCCCUUCUAAGUGCUUUAGGAGAAGCGACGGUCCCAGAGUGUGGAGCUGGCAGCGUCCCUUUGUUACUAGCUCACCGCUGAGUUGACGCGGGAAUCGACAAAGUCAAUGGUGCGACAGUCGCCUGUAAAGUGAGUGACACUUGGCGAGCUCCGUCGCAAGUAAAGGGAGGAGGGGGUGAGUGGUCCCAGUAUCUUUUGAUGCCCAAGCCUUUACACUUCUACAGUGUGACCCAUCGGAGCACAGCUCAAAAUGAUCCCAAGGUUACAAUGGGAGGACCGCUAGCUUCUCUCAGGGCCGCCCCCUCCUUCGCCCGUAUGAUUCUUCUGAUUGUCGUAGCGUGCGGGUUCUGCUUGACCGGCUGCCUUGGCCAGUCUCCUUCGUUCCUUAUUGGUAGCCAGGCAGUGGACUUGAAAGGUCAUUCGGGAACUAUGACGCAUUCAGUCGACCCAGACCAGGUGUCAGGAGGGCAGCAUCCUCCCUCCCCAGGAGGGAAUCUUAAGAGGCUCCAAAGCAGCACUGCUGAAAACCAAAUCAGCAUCGAACAGAUUCUGAGCUUCAUGAGGUUAUUAAAUGAGAACCUUAGGUCUGAUACCCACGGAGCCAGACAAAGUAGAGGUUCAGAUAACAAGCUCACAAAUUCAGAAUCCGAGAUUCAUACUUAUAACGACAUGAAACAGCAUUAUUCGCCUGACUUGCCCGAGUUUCAGCUUUUCGCCAGCAUUGACCUACUUAUGUCUGAACUUGAUGGUAGAGACCAGAAGGCGUCCACACUGGAGGCGCUCAUGAAAAAACUCGGGGAGUCAUCCAAAGGAAACGACAUGUUAAGAUCUUUGUUCAGUGAUCAAAACACUGAAAGAUCCUUUCAACAUUCGGACAAACCUUAUUUUUCAUCAGUUGAGAAGCAAGAAGCAUCUAAUCAAAAUAUCGACACAGAAUCAAUGUCUAAAGAUUCAGAUAUCGAUACCAACGACCAAUAUUUACCGAACAGAGAUCGAUUACGAACAGACAACUCCUUUGUCGUCAAUUCUGAAAUCGAUGACUCGGCAACAGAUGAUAUGAGAGUUAGCGAUACAUCAACAGGUCUCGGAAACUUUCGUCAGACCCCGCUUGAGGAUGCGUCAUUUUCAAAAGAGGAUUACGAUAGCUCUAGAAGUGGACAUUUUAAUUCGUUGCUUCAUAGAAAAAUGCUGAAUUUAGAACAUAGGCUGCAAAAGCUGAAGGCAGAAGGAGUAAAUAAUUUAAGAACCAUUGCGUCUUACAGAGAUGCUCUGUCGGACAGUCUCCAACGAGCUGACAACGAGGAAGAGGAAGUGUCCAGCUAUAAGGACGCCGAGAUCGGCGCCCUGGACUAUGACGCUCUUGAAAAUGAGGACAAUUUCACGGAGAGCGCCCCGGAAGACAUGUCUUCGCACCGCCGAAUAGCUCCCACGUCCAUGAUGGAAGCGUCCGAUUCCGGCGCUCUCUCCUCGGACCCCGAAUUCUGGAAAACUUUGUCCACCUACAUGGACGCACCCUACCUCACAAGGAUCAGGCGUAACGCGGAAGAGUACAAGCGUGAGUUCAGACAACGGAUGAGGGCGCGGCUCUCGAUAACAUACGGCCACGUGAUGCCCUGUGAAUACAAGGACCGUUUCUAUUGUAUGAAUAGCGGGACCUGUGUGUUUGUCGGGGCUCUCAAGAUCAAAACCUGCAGGUGUCCUAUUGGCUACACAGGUCACAGGUGUAUGAUGAUUGACCAGGAGUACCUCUUCAGUCUUAUUAACAACUAUAUCUCAAGCUGAUGAAGGCGUGUCCCUUAAAAUAAACCAGAUGAGAAACAGUGUGAAGACAGAAAGACCAGGGUCAGGCGACAGGAAACAGAGACGACCUGCACCAUGGCAACAGUGUACAGUCUGAGGUCAUUCACAGAAAAAAACAAAACACUACAAAAACACAUACACACAAUGUACGAACACACGCUAUCAGAGUUCUUGACUUUGUUCUCAUCUCUAUAUUUAUAUAUCUGUUUGGAACACGAGCUGCAGUGUGUAGUUGAGAUGUUUGUUAAUUACACAUUGACUCUUGUGUGUAGUUGAGAUGUUUGUUAAUUACACAUUGACUCUUGUGUGUAGUUGAGAUGUUGGAAGCACACGGACUGCGGUGUGUAGUUGAGAUGUUUGUUAGUUACACACUGACUCUGGUGUGCAUUUGAUGUUUGUUGUCCUGCGUUACACUAAUUCGUGGAAAUCAUUGACCUCAUUUGUUUAUUGGGCCAAUUACAUUCAAUCUACCUACGUCAUUAGCCCUUUCUCAUUAUGAGUAGAAUGAACUAUGUGCUAUAUUCAAAUUCAACAUUAUUUAUCAUUCAAUACCAUGAUGCGACUUUGAUAUUAAUAAGUAAGAGAUUUACAGAUAUUUACAAAAAUAUUUGAUAGUUUUUGAACACACUAAAUUGCUCGAUUGGAUCUAAUAAUAAUUGUCAAUUCAAGAAUACAUAUAGUGAAGGGUUCAAUGUAUUGCAAUAUAAGUCAUCAGCGAUUAUAUUUUGCAUAGAUCUUUCUGCUGUCAUCUAUUCAUUCUUUAUAUACAAGAAAUGGAAUACUCUAUUCUGUUAAUUGCUACCCCCCCCCCUUUUUUUUUUCGCUAUUCUCUUUUUUUUAAAACCUCUUAUCAUUUCCUGAAGUAUAAGAUUCAAAUCAAGUAUUUUUGCGAUUUUUUGUUAUAAAUAUCCCCUAACCGCCCCAACCCUUACAAAGAAAUGUGCAAGUGGAUUGUUAAUGUAUUACCUCAUGCCGAAAUUAUUACUUGAGGCUAAAAAUAGUUGCUGCGAAGGAAAAAAAAAGACUUGUUCAAUGUAUAUAAACACAGUUUACUUUUGCCUGUUUGCCUUUUAAACAAAGUUUUAUAGGUGGGUGUAAAAGCCUAUCUCUGAGGUUACAGCUCUUCUAGUUUCUGUUGGGACACAAA